CACUGGCAGUCAUGUGACGGACAUAUAGUAGAACUCAGUCAGCGCUCAGUCCAGUCGCUGCAUGGCGAGUCUCAAGGGCAAAACCUGCUCCAGCGGAUAAAACACAACUGCACGCGCCUUUUGCAUUGGGAUUAUAUUUGCUGUGACUAAACAAGAGACACUGUAUCCUGGCUGCAGACCUUGGCUUGUCAAAGUGUUUCCUCCACGCUAACUUUUCCCACCCUGGAAGAGAACACCAGGUGUUUCACUAUCUCACCCGAGUGGGAGGUGUGGCCUUGGUGACCUGGGUUUGUUUGGCCGCACUUUCCCAGCAGCUCAAGGAAUACCUUACAGCUCAUCCUAAACACAGACUCUGAGUUUGGCACUAUCCAGGGAUGGUAGAUAACUCCUCAGUUCUUCCUUACAGUGACUCUCCACAGGCCUACCGGCUGUCUGACAUGGUGACAGACCUGAGCUCCUACCAGGUGAUGCCAUCACCGUUUUCGGAGGACGACCUGAGCGAGUCGUCCAGCCCUCGCUCCUGUUCCAGCCCGGACUCCCAGGUGCUCAGCUCCAGCUAUGGGAGCAACUCCAGUGCUGAGAGCCAGGACAGCAUCCUUGAUCACCUGCUGUCACAGGCCUCUUUAGGAGGUGCCAGCAGUGUUCUGCCAGGGUCUGUGGCACCCAUACCGUUAUCUACAUUUUUCUGGGACUCACGUAGAGAUGAGCCUUCCAAACGUGAGCCUACAAAGGAGGAACAUUUUGACUUCCUCACCUGGUCCAAUGUGGAGACAGAGGAACAACUUGGGGGGUCCUUCCAGCCCACAUUGGAAGAGAUCGAAGAAUUCCUGGAAGAGAAUAUGGAGGUGGUGACGAUGAAGCAGGAAAUCCGAGAGGGCUGUGCAGGGUUGGGAGUGGGACUGGAGGAAGCUCUUGGUCUAGAGGUUGGUUUGGAAUGGUGCAGGGACACCUCCCCUGAGCUUAAACCAGAGCCAGACGUCAAGUAUUCAGACCAAACUGUCCCCACCGCUGGCCUGCCUACUGCUGCCUCCAGGGAGACCAAAACUACGUCAGUUAACCCCACACAUGAAUCCAGCACAGAGGCCAAGAAGGCUCCAGCCAACAAGCCUUCAUCAGAUAGUGGCACUAACAGUAGUGAGAUGCCAGUUAUCCUACAGAUUCAGCCCCUUCAGAUCAAGCAGGAGCCCACAGUCACGCCUCUUACCCCGGUGGCCCAGCCCCCACCGCCUGCCCCAGCCUCAGACAUUAAAAUUGCACAGCUACUGGUCAACAUCCAAGGUCAGACUUUUGCCCUGGUGCCACACAUACUGCCCUCCCCCAACCUUAACGUCUCCUCCAAGUUCGUACGCAUUGCCCCUGUCCCCAUUGCAGCUAAGCCUCUUGGGCUUGGGGACAGCUCAGCCAGCCAGGGCGCAGGGAUUCUUGUUGGAGGUCAAAAGUUCCAGAAGAACCCCGUGGCAGAUCUUAUCAAAAUGCACAAAUGCACUUUUCCUGGCUGUACCAAGAUGUACACAAAGAGCAGCCACCUGAAGGCCCACCUGAGGAGGCACACGGGAGAAAAGCCUUUCGCCUGCAACUGGCAGGGCUGUGGAUGGAGGUUUUCCCGCUCUGAUGAGCUGUCUCGACACCGGCGUUCCCACUCAGGUGUCAAGCCUUACCAGUGUCCAGUGUGUGAGAAGAGGUUCGCCCGCAGUGACCAUCUGUCAAAACACAUCAAAGUCCACCGUUUUCCACGAAACAGCAGGACAGUUCGCUCAGCAAACUGACGCGUGCUCAGAUCAGAUCGGUGGGAAUGCUGGGAUCACUCUCAUACAGACAUAGGCCACGAAGCACAGUGUGAGUGUGAACGUAAAUGUUUGCACCAUCAGUUUGGUCUGUGAGUGGAAGCAUGCCUUGCUUUUUGUUUCAGCAGUCUGUGAUUGUUUUAAUUUAUUGUACACAGUUACCAUGGUGUCUGUAAUCAGCUAAAGGUUGUUGUUGCUGUUGGUGCUUCAGUAUGUUGUACUCCUUAUGUUUGUUCUGUCCUUAUCGCUGCCUCAGCAGAAGAUAAGAUAAGCUUAUUUUCAUUCAGACUGGAUUAUUAUGUGAUAGCUUUGCUGAUAGUCGUCGUGUCCAUUGUACCUGGAUCAACAACUGUCCUUUAGCUUCCUGAAAGCUGCCAAUGACUUGGACAUUCCUCACCGUAUGCAAUGUUGAGGAAGUUGGAGGAAGUUCAUUCAGAUCCUCAUUAGCUGCUACCAGAGUAAUAGUUACUCUUCCUGGGGUCCACAGAGCUUUCUCCUGUCAGGGCUUUCCCAUGGUUUUGUCCUAGAUUUUGCUGCCUUGCACCACAGUUGGUUGACAAUAUAGUUGAAGAGUACCUUUAUUAGUGAGCUUAGCACAGGCAGAGAGCUAGGAAACCUCACGAUAAACUACCCAGACUCCUCUCACAUUUGACAGCAACCCGCUGGGACACGAGGAGCUACACCAGAAAUCCAAAAGUGAAAUGCAACUUAAAGGUUAAGCACACAGUGAUUGUUAAAUCAGCCUUCUGAUCAGUGUUCAAUGAUAUUUGUUUGUUAUCUCAUGUGUAUGUACUUGCUGGCCUUUUAUUUUACAGUGGAAACAGCAUAUAGUGAUCAUGUCUCUUUGGGUCAAAUUGAUCACCAUUAUAAGGGAACUUUUUUGCUUUUUCUUUCUUUCUCAUGCAGAUUACCAUUUAAUUGACAUAAGUAUAUUUAUUACAUGAAUAUUAAUUCAUAACUUGCCAAAUCUUCUGCCCACACUGCAAAAACGGUGUGUCUAAAAACAAGAUAAAAACACUAAAUCUGAGGGAAAUGAUCUUGCUGCAUAGGCAGAUAAUUUCACUUGACAAGAUUUCUGUAAACAUUUUUUCGUUUUGUUUAUUUCGGUCAGUACAUGUCAUUAAAAGAGAAGUAACAAACCAGAAAAAAAAACAUUGAUCAAAGGAAACAAUAAGUAAACAGAGAAAGAAAACUGGUAAUAGACAUUUGGACCGAAAAGGCUGAAGCAUAGCUUAUUACGCCUACCCUGUUACAAAAAUGUACAAUCUGUUAUUUAUUAAUAAAAUAAAUAAGCAGUCACAACAGAGAGAAAAGAGAGAAGCUGCUUGAUUUUUUUUCCCUUUCUUCUUCCUUUCCUUUCCCUUCCUUCCCCCUUCCCUUAAACAUGUUGUACGCUUAAAAUAAGAAAUGAACUCUUAAAGCAAGAUAAAUUAAAGCUGCAAG